AACACUACUAUAUAACAAAUAAUUUGAGCAACAAUGAAAUGACUGCUAGAACACCUUACUGCUAGAAGAUGCUGGAAGCUUUCACUGCACACGAACUAUUGUCCAAUAUUCCAGUACAAAUAGAAUCUAUUUGUACUUAUGAAGAUCGACUUCUGGUCGGCACCAAACAGGGAACACUGCUGGUGUACAAGUUUGAGAAUGACAAAAUUGACCUGUUUCUCACUUUGAAGGGAUUUUCCAAGAAGACUAUUAAUCAGAUUUCAGUGACCUCAGUGUUCAGCCCCUAUCAAUUAGUGUCCUUAUCUGAAGGUACACUGAACAUACACACUAUACAGCAGUCUGGCUCUAUUCAGCCCCUACAAUGUGAAGGCUUGGCUAAAGCUCGUGGCUCAACCCUCUUCACUCUUCAUCAGUCAACUGCUGCAGAUGAGCAACCAUCCGCUCAACUAGCCGUCGCUUGUAAAAGGAAAAUAAUACUGUACCGUUGGCUAAAGAAAGGACCACCUCAAGAAGUCAAGGAGAUAAACCUGUAUGACGUUCCCAAAGCGAUGGUAUUCCACGGCCAGGGCUACUCAGAUAAGAUUUACAUUGGGUUUAAAGGGAAAUACUGUCAGUUACAUGUCUCGACUGAACAAGUUAAAGAUAUGCUUUGUACAGGGAGGCAGUUGGAGGCGACAAUGUUGUGGGUAGACAAAGAAACUGUUGCUAUCUGUAAGGACGAGUGGAGCAUUCUGCUUGCGGAGGACGGCAAACCCUACCAAGAUGAGUUCAAGUCAAACAUUAAGUGGUGCGACUGUCCCUCUGCGCUACUCUACUGCAAGCCCUACAUUGUAGCGGUUAUCAACAAGGGAAUUGAAGUGAAGACUAUUCAACUGGUGGAGCCCAUUCAGGUGAUAGAGUUACCGAAAGUGAAGUUGGUGGCACGAGAUAAACGAAUGUUCGUAGCUUCAGCCACCCACCUCUGGGAACUGAAACUGAAGGACCUUAUUCUUCAGGUGGACAAGCUAAUAACUUUAAAGCAGUUUGAGUUAGCCGAGACACUCAACAAGAUGACACACGAGCAAGGUGGUGAUCACGAGCAAGCGAAUAGACAGCGAACAGUGAUCAACACCCAAGCAGCGUAUCAUGAGUUUAUUAAUAAGAGAUAUGAGAAGUCAAUGACGAGGUUUCAGAAAACUAAUGUCGAGGUUGCCAACGUUAUAGGACUGUUUCCAGAGCUCCUCUCCAAGAAGAUGCAGGAUAAGCAGGUCUACCCUGCAGACAUUCUGGAGGCUAGAAAAUACCUUACUACUAAGGACAUUGAAACAGGUCUGGAAGCAUUAGAAAAGUAUCUGGUGGCGAAGAGAUUUGACCUGAACAAAUACGAGGAGGAAGUUGAGAACAGCAAACAAACCAAGAUAAUUAUCGACACAACUCUCUUGAAGUGUUAUCUGCAGAACAAACCUAAGAUGGUCGCUUCUCUCCUCAGGCUGAAGGAUAACGAGUGCCACAUAGUGGAGAGUGAGCGGGCGCUUAAACGUGCGCGCCGCAUGAACGACAUCAUCAUUCUCUACAAGUCUAAGGGACAGCACGAGAAGGCGCUGACAGUACUGAAGCAGUAUGCAAAUAUGCAGAACACACAGAAACACGAGCUGGGAGGACCUGAACACACCAUCAAGUACCUACAGGACCUGGGACCUGAGGACAUCCACCUAAUCAAGGAAUACUCCAAGUUAGCAUUUACCCACCUUAUCAAGGAAUACUCCAAGUGGGUGAUAGAGAAACACCCUGACAGAUGUCUGGACAUCUUCACAGACCCUAGCACAGUGCACACUCUCCCAAAAGAGCAAGUAGUACAACACCUCAAGUCUAUGAACCCCGACAUUGCUCUUCAGUACCUUGAACGGUUGAUAGACAUUUGGAACGUGAGCUCUCAAGAGAUUGAAAACUCUUUGAUAAUACUUCUUGUUGAAAAAGUCUCGAGCGAGUGGCCCACCUACCAAGGUAUGCUGGCUGCUGGAGUGUUGGAACCUUGUCUCCCCGGGUCAGAGCCGGGGCAGCUGGGUGCACUGCGUCUGCGCUUAACGCACUUCCUGGAGCGUCUCCAGAACUACUCGCCCAGCCUGGUCAUCAGGAGUCUGGGGUACGAGAUACCACUCUACGAGGAGCUGGCUAUCCUGUACGGGAGACAGAGAGAAUGCGACAAAGCUCUCAUGUUGUACUGCCAUGUAUUAAAGAAUCGAACUAAAGCCGAGGAGUUUUGUGACAAAUACUACGAGAUAGAUAAUCAGAUAUACUACAAGCUGUUGAGGAUGUACCAGUGUCCCAUGUCAUUGGAAGCACUGAGAUUGGACAAAUUCAAACUAGCAGAACCUCUUCCAGACAUGGGGGCGGCGAUUGAUAUCCUAGUUAAACACUACAAACACAUUGACGUUAAGGAGGCGUUACGACUUCUUCCGGAGGACACUAAGCUACAAGACGUGGAGGAGUUUAUGUGCGCUAUACUCCGGGAUCGGACUAAAGAAAGCCGCAAGAACCUACUCUUAAAAAGCUUGAACUUAUCAGAUAAUCUCAAGGUAAAGUCACAGAAGAUGUUCUACCAAAAAGACAAACUUAUCGUUACCGGAAUGGACAGCUGUGCAGUGUGUAACAAAAGAGUGGGCGAGUGCGCGAUAGCUUUCUAUCCUGAUAGGCGCAUCGUGCACUACGGGUGCAUGUCACGUGAGACACUCCCGGACGUGUCUUCUUCAACUCCUUGAUCUCGUGACGCACUCAGAGACACUCCUUAAAAUGCUUUGCUCUUCUCAUUUUGAGACUCACUCCAGAAUGAAUACUGAUUUCUGCUGGGGUUGAUUUAUACGAGUACACUAUUAUAUUAAGCCAUUAAGGGGUCGUUCAGAUAUUACGUAAUCACUGAGGGGGGGGGGGGGUUUCUAAACGAUUUAACGCUUGUGUAAAAUGUGAACAACCCUAAUGAAUUGAGUAAAUUUUGAACAUUAUCGGACGAGUUCCUGAUUUAUAAGAUUUAUAAUUAUAUUAAACAUUUUAAUUGGUCUAGGUUGUUCUAUAUUGAAAAUGUUGUGUUGAUGUGUUAAUGAUUGAAAUUAUUGUUGAAUCAAAUUAUUUUGAUACUACUAUUUUAUUGUCAUAAGUGUAUUUUAUCUUGUUAGCGGU